AUGUAUGUGGUUUGUGGGUUUGUUGUCAAAGCGAAGAAGUUGUUCGAUGAAACGCCUGAGAGAAACUCCGUCACCUGGAACGCUUUGAUCACUGGUGUAAUGAAAUGUAGGGAGUUGGAGCUCGCUCGUUCUCUCUUUGAAGUGAUGCAGACUAAGAAUAACAUUUCGUGGACUGGUCUCAUUGAUGGGUAUGCGAGGUUGAAUCGACCGAAAGAAGCUAUAUUUUGUUUCAGAGAAUGGUUUUGGAUGAAAGCAUUAAACCAACCCAAAAAAACGAUUUUGGCGGUUCUCCCAGCAAUUUGGAAUCUUAGGGCUCUUGAGCUUUGCCAAUCUGUUCAUGCUUAUGGAGAGAGAAGUGGGUUCAAUGCAUCUGAUAUUCGUGUAAUGAAUUGCCUUAUAGAUACUUAUGCGAAAUGUGGUUGUGCAGAGAGUGCAUUAAGACUUUUCGAGGAUGUGUCUCCAGAGAGGAGGAAUUUGGUGUCAUGGACCUCAAUAAUUUCUUGGCUUGCAAUGCAUGGGAUGGCAAAAGAAGCUGUGGAAAAUUUUAGAAGAAUGGAGAAUGCUUGUGUGAUGCCGAAUAGUGUGACAUUUUUUAGUGCUCUAAAUGCUUGCAGCCAUAGUGGGUUGGUCAAAGAGGGGCUUGCGUUUUUCAGGAAGAUGCUUAAUGAGUAUCAACUUGUACCAAAUAUUAAGCACUAUGGCUGCUUAAUAGACAUGUUGGGAAGGGCCGGGAGGUUUGAGGAAGCAGAAAAGAUGGCUUUGGAGAUUCCUCCUGAGAUGGCCAAUGUUGUGAUUUGGAGGACGCUUCUGGGUGCUUGUAGUUUCCAUGGUAAUGUUGAGAUGAGAGAAAGAGUUACAUGGAAGAUACUAGAGAUGGAAAGGGGAUAUGGUGGUGACUAUGUGCUUUUGUCCAACAUCUUUGCCGGUGUUGGUAGGUUUGCAGAUUCGGACAAGGAGAGUGAUGGAUGA